AUGCAGACAGACUGCCUUGUUGAGCUCAAGCUGGCCCUUCAAAACCUGCACAAUAUCACAACAGACAGAAAAGAUGAGACAACAGCCGCACUGCCGAAGGCUCUAAUCGCCACCAAAGAUAGCGCCGACCUACACACCAAGCUCCGAGAGUUUCGCGUGUAUGAGUACUACCUCCCGUUAGCUACCUCUGUACACCACCGGGCCAACCACUCAACCCAGAUCUUGUGUUUCAACAUGGCAUAUGAGAACAACGACGGCAAUGAUGAGAACAAGAGUGGCAAGGCCUCGGCCAGUACGGAACAGAACCAAAACUCUGGAGAUGAUACGCACAUGACGGACAUCUCUGACGAAGAGCCACCCUCCAGCCCUACCCUGAAUCUCAAGCAGUUUUACGACUCCAGCUAG